AUGUCCGCACAAGAAAACCUUCUUUUUACAUCAAAGCUCAUCUCCCCCGAAGUUCAAGCAGCGUUACCUAAGGGCUAUACCAUUCGACCCUUAGCUAGUGACGACCAUGAACGCGGUUUCCUUGACGUACUUUCUGUUCUUACUGUGAUAGGAAACAUUACCAAAGCGCAAUUUCUCGAACGGUUCUUUUACUUGAAAGCCCAUAACCAUGAAUAUUUUACCCUCGUGAUUGUUUCUCCCCAAAACCGUAUUGUUGGGGCUGGAACAAUAUUCGUUGAACGAAAGUUCAUUAGAAACACCGGACUAGUUGGACACAUUGAAGAUAUUGCUGUUGAUAAAAAUCAACAAGGCAAAAAACUUGGUUUAAGAAUUAUUCAAGCUCUCAAAUACAUUGGAGCUAAAACUGGUUGCUAUAAAGUCAUUUUGGAUUGUUCUGAAAAGAAUGUUAAUAACAUAGAUUUCAGAGAAAAGAAGUUGAAAUGGCUUGAAGGUGGUGGUGUAUUUGUAUUUGCUGCGAGAGAUAAAAAUUCAAAAUUAGACAUUAAACAAUCACCGAUUUACACUAAAUCUGUCAAUUCAAAACCUAUUUAUAAAGCCACGAUUUACAAGUUUCGUUUUUCAAAUUAUUUCUUAGAAACGAGAUUAGUUAAUAUUCGGUACUUGAAAGUUAUGGACGAAAAUCACUUUGCCUUCACAUGGAAGAUAAAUUGCUUUAAUGAGCUUGUUUCUCGACACCCAAAUGGUAGUUUUUUCUAUAGUGAAAGGUUUUGGUCACCGAGAGGGCAAAGUGGAAAGUCGACCAACAUCAAUGUCGUUCAUGAAAAUAACUCACACAAUAAUUCCGGGUAUUUGUGGAGGCUAAAAAUGUUUCCUAAUGGCGUAGAUAAGAAAUCGAAUGAUUACAUUUCUCUUUAUCUUGAAGCAAUUCAAACACAUUAUGAGAAACAAAAUAGUAUAACAGGAAGGCACAAGAAAUUUCGACUAGCGCUUUAUCGAGUGGAUUCAAAUAUCCAAACCACGAAACAGAGACCAAUACUUGUGAUAGAUCGUCAUACCUUGGAGACGAAAUUUGAAUUCAAUGGGGUGCACGCAGAUUAUGGAUUUGCAAGAAUUAUCGCUCUUAAAGAAUUAUUCCCAAAUGAUACUACAUUGACCGAAGUAGAUUUAUUAGUCAGAACUCAAAUUUUCGAGGAUACUAUAACACCUGGGGAGGGUUCAAGUUCAAUGGACAUUGUAAGUAAUAUAUCACUUAUGCCCUUUGAAAGAUAUUUCGGUGAAGAAAGAUUUUGUGAUGUUGAAUUCGUAUUUGAUUGUGGUUCAAGCAUGAAAGCUCAUAGGGUCAUUCUCGCAGCACGAUCAAUGUACUUUGAAAGAAUGUUGGGAGGUGAAUGGAUGGAAAAUCAUAUGAAAACCAUCGCCAUCAGAGACAUGCCAUUUGACGCGUUUCGAUGUAUUGUUCACCAUCUUUACACCGGAAAACUUGAAGAGGGAUUGACAUUUGAACUCUUAAGAGAUAUUUAUUCUAAAGCUGAUAUGCUUAGUUUAGAACAACUUGGUCAAAUGGCUGCAAAAAGAAUGGUUAAUUUGAUGACUAAUGAUAAUUGGGAUCAAGUUUUAAUGUUGGGUUGGAAAUUUUAUGAUGAUCGAUUAAAAGAUGCCGGUCAGGAAUUUGCUGUGAAACAUUGGAACGUUAUAAAGGAUUCCGAGAAUAUGAAACAAGUUUUGGCGAGCGGUCACGUUGAUCGAAUCGUUGAGUUAGUCUUACAAAGUUUUUUUACACCGAAUAAUACAAGGAUAG